AUGGAGUUUGUACUGGUCGUUGGCGGUGCGAUUCACAGUGGUUUGGGAGAGGGAGCUACUGGUGAAGGUGGAAAAAGUGUUCUUGAGGCUGGGAGGUGGCUCAGCCAGUGGUGGCUUGGGGUGGAGAAUCGACCUUGGGUGGCACGCGUAAUGGGUUGUGGUGAGGGUGGUUCUAGGGUGGUUUCGGAGGCUAGGGUUGACUCACAGUGGUUGUCGGGUUUGUGCAAGCCAACCGUAGUGGUUGGCAAGUCGCAAUUGAAGGUGGGGGAGAAGAGUGGUGGAAGAGUUGCUGCUGGAGUUGAGUAG